AUGCUAGUACAGUAUACGCUUUUUCUAUUUGCAACAUGCGUUUAUCAGGCAUGGACCUUGGACAUGGAUACAAACUCGGCUGAUUCUGUGAAAAGUGGUUUAUCUCAGAUAGCAAAAGGCAUCAUUGAUUAUUAUAAUGGUCACGAUCCGGGGAAUUCGCCAGGCAUGUUUGUGUCUCCAUACUACUGGUGGCAGUCAGGAGCCGCAUGGGGUAGUAUACUUGACUAUUGGUACUUUACUGAAGAUACAAAGUACAAUGAGUAUCUUUAUGACAGUCUUUUAUGGCAAGCAGGCCCGAACUUUGAUUAUCUUCCAGAAAACCAGACAAGAACGGAAGGUAAUGAUGACCAAGGAUAUUGGGGUAUUACAUUGAUGAGUGCAGCUGAAAGAGGGUUUCAGGCGCCAUACGAUGGUCAGCCUAGUUGGAGUGAAAGGGUUGAAAACAUUGUCAAGUCAAUGAUCUCGCGAUGGGAUACCGACAACUGUGGAGGAGGUCUUCGUUGGCAAAUUUAUCCAUGGAACAAUGGCUAUGACUACAAAAACACUGUUGCAAAUGGUUGCUUGUUUCAUCUGUCAGCCCGUCUUUCGCGAUUUAAUGGAGAUAACACCUAUAUUGAAUGGGCUGAAAAAACUUGGGAUUGGAUGGUUGAUCACAACUAUAUCGUGACUAAUACAUCGGCCUACAAGAUUAUGGAUGGCGCAACCAUUGACUCAAACUGCAUGAAAAUCUCUCCUGAACAAUGGACUUACAACGCUGGUCUGAUGCUUUCCGGUGCUGCUUAUCUUUAUGAUCAUACCAAAGACUCCAAGUGGCUUGAUAGAGCUCAAGCGAUUUGGAACGGAAGUAAAAUUUUCUUCAAAAGCAACACAUACAUGUACGAAGCAUCCUGUCAAAUCUCGAAUCGAUGCAACAAUGAUCAGCGAAGCUUUAAAGCAUAUUUUUCACGGUUCCUUGGUCUUACUUCUGACCUUUUGCCUGAGAUUUCUGAUGACAUCAUGAACUAUCUCCGUGGCACGGUCCCUGGCGUGCUGUCUUCUUGUACUGGUGGUAGUGAUGGUCACACUUGCGGUCUUGACUGGAGUGCUGGGAAAUGGGACGGUUUCUAUGGACUUGGUGAACAAAUGUCUGCUUUGGAAACAAUUCAGAAUGCUUUUUUGCUUCAUUCUAAGCCUGGACCGGCAAAUAAAAACUCUGAGGAGUCUCUUCAAGAUCAACUGUUUGGAUUUUUUGGGCCUCCAAAAAAGAGCACUGAAGGUUCAAGCACCAACACUAAAGAAUCUUCAUCGUCUGAUUCAUCAAGUUUUCCUUCAAGUUCUUGGUCUGAGUCCUCCUCUACUUCCUGGACUGAAUUAUCAAGCUCUGAAUCCACUUCCUGGUUUGAAUCCUCUUCUUCAAUUUGGACUGAGUCUUCUAGCACCACUUGGGGGAAUACUGAUACGUACUCUUCACAAACUGACAUUGUUACAACACAAGCACCUCAACAAGAAACCCAGUCUUUAGAUACUUGGAGCUCUCCUGCAACCGAACAAUCUAAGGUAUCUUCCUCCUCUACAUGGGAAGUUUCUGAAAGUACUUCUACACCUGAUAUUGGUACAUCAUCACCCGAUAUUGCAAGUUUGUCUUCUGGGUCCAGUGCUGUUUCACCAAAUAUUAUGGGAACCUCAGGCGCUUCGGUCGCACCCAUUGAUUGGAACCAACCAUCAACAACAUCCACUGAAGUUAUGGUUGGAAAUAGCCCAAAUCCUACACCAAAUAAUUCUCUCAAUACAUAUUCUGAAUUUUCUUAUCCUUCCGAUGCACCUGCAUAUAACGACCCAGUAAGCUCUCAAAUUUCUACUGUGUCAUUCAAUAAUCCUCCUGCCUCAUUCCAGACUUCAGCUUCUAGCAACAGCUUUGUUCAAUUUUCUACCUCUUCUUCUUCAUCUUUUUCUAGUUUUUCCUCUUCAAUAUCAAAUGUUGCACCCACACCUGUUUACGAGACUGUGACCGUACCAACACCUACUGUAUAUACGACCUUUUUUCAAACUCAGCUGACUCCUAGCGUUGCCAGCAAAUUGCCAUUGGCAAGUCAUAAUGGUACUGCCGCACAGCAGCUACCUCCACCAAUUCAAGUACAAGGUAAAGAAGGUUCAUCAAUUUGUGACGAGCCCACCACAUUUUAUGCUUCUUCGCAAUACCCCCGUACAGCAAAGACUUCAGUUGUUGGUGUUAAAACUAUUUCAACAAUCACACACGCCGAUGGCGCUAUUUGUGAGGUUCUUAUAAGAACCAUUGAUAUCUAUGGUUAA